AUGGAGGACAAACGACAAGGCAUCGUGCAUGUCAUCGGUCCGGAGCAGGGGUUCACCCUCCCCGGAACUACGGUGGUUUGUGGCGACAGCCACACCUCAACGCACGGAGCAUUCGGAGCUCUUGCUUUUGGUAUCGGGACAUCUGAAGUCGAACAUGUUUUGGCAACGCAGACGCUGCUCAUGAACAAGGCAAAGAACAUGCGAGUCAAAGUCUCUGGCAAAUUGGCUGAAGGCGUGACUUCCAAGGAUGUGAUCUUGCACAUCAUUGGCGUGAUUGGCACUGCUGGUGGCACUGGCAGCGUCAUCGAAUUCUGUGGAGAUGUCUUCGAGAACAUGUCCAUGGAGGCAAGGAUGUCAGUCUGCAAUAUGACCAUUGAAGCUGGGGCUCGGGCGGGCAUGGUGGCUCCUGAUGACAUUACUUUCAGCUACCUGAAAGGAAGGCCCCUGUGCCCCAAGGGAAAAGAUUGGGACAAGGCAGUUGAGUACUGGAAAAGCCUGCGCACGGACAAGGGGGCGAAGUUCGACAAAGAGAUCAAUAUCGAUGCAGCUGACAUUGCUCCGACAGUGACGUGGGGCACAAGCCCUGAAGACGUCGUGGCCAUCACAGGAACAGUUCCCGAUCCCAAAGAGGCCAAGGAUGAGACGAAGAGGACUGGAAUGCAGCGUGCUUUGCAGUACAUGGGCUUGGAGCCUGGAACCAAGAUCUUGGACAUCUCCAUCCAGAAGGUGUUCAUAGGAUCCUGCACGAACAGCCGCAUAGAAGACAUGCGCAGCGUUGCUGCCGUGGUAAAGGGCAGGAAGGCAGGGCUCCAAGCUGUAGGCCCUCCAGAGUGUCUGCCUGCACUCCAUGCCUUUUCGCACGUGCUCCUAAUGGCUGUGACAAGUCUGGACAGCUUUCGCCUAAAGGACCCGCUGGAUUGGACGCCCAGUGAAGUGGCUGAAUUCCUGGCAUCCAUUCUUCCUGGACAUCCAUGCCUUGACUGCUUUACCUACACAUCUGGCUAUGUGUUGUGCUCACUGGAGAAGGACGACUUGCGCAGGCAAGCCAAGAACAACGAGGCGGCCAACGUGAUUUGGACGGAGCUCGCAAGCAGGAGAAAGGGAGCCCAGGCAACUGGCACGAAGGCAGUUGUGCAGCGCGGCGGUGUGGAUCCUCGCAGCAUGUUCACCCUCUACGUCAAAUUGGCUCGGCAGGGUUCUGCUCUGGAGCUGGAAGUGGCUCCAACAGACAACGUAGCAUACCUCAAGGCCCAGAUCGCGUUACACGAGGGAACGCCGCCCGAGAGCCAGCGGCUGGUCGUCGCCGGUGCCACCAUGCAGGCAGCCGCGGCAGGCAAUCCUGAAUUCAAAGGCUACCAGAGACAUCGGGACGUUGACUCCCUUAUCUCGGUCCAUGUGUUCGGCAAAGACCAGCGUGCUUCGCUCCGCGGGGCCUCCUGGCUCUUCCCGGCAGCAAGGCCGAGCCUCGCCCAAGCGCAAAAGAUCGGCUGUUUGCGUUCCUUUACGGCCGUGACAUCUCUCAAUGCAGGAGAGCGCCUCGCUAAGACCCUUUGCAUCGUGUGGGUUGGAGGCCAGGUGGUCCUGGUCGGCCGCCGGCAGAGGCGAUUCGGUGCGAUUCGACUAGCUUUGAACUUAGAUGCCGUGUCUGCCAGGCUGUUGCCCAUUUUGGUGGCCGAGGUGGCUCCCGGCGUGGACGCCAUGAUCGUACCUGGUUCAGGGUUGGUCAAGAAGCAAGCAGAGGCCGAGGGGCUCGACAAGAUUUUCGUAGAGGCUGGCUUUGACUGGCGGGAACCUGGCUGUUCCAUGUGCCUCGGCAUGAACCCGGAUCGUCUCAAGCCACAGGAGCGGUGUGCAGCAACUUCAAACAGAAAUUUCGAGGGCAGACAGGGACCACAGGGUCGCACUCACCUGAUGAGCCCUGCAAUGGCGGCAGCUGCCGCCGUCACUGGAAAGCUGAAAGACGUCCGAGAGCUGUUGCCAGAAAUGCAAGCUGCAGCCAAGACGCACGAAGCAAGCAACAGCAAGGAUUUCUAUUCCGAUCCAAUUGAAUGGAAGACGGCGCAGGAGACGCCGUCCGAGCAAGCCAGCACGGGCGUCACGGGUGCGGGCACAGGCACGGCUCCUGCUUCGGCAGGAAUGCCGAAAUUUACGAGUUUGGACGGUGUUAUUGCAUGCCCAUUGAGAAAAGCGAAUGUCGACACGGAUUGCAUCAUUCCGAAGCAGUUCUUGAAGACCAUCAAAAGAACUGGGCUGGGCAAAGCUGCAUUUUUCGAGCUCCGGUAUGAGGACGAUGGUGUCACAGAAAACAAAGGAUUCAUUCUCAAUCAGGAGCCGUACAGAACCUCCUCAGUUCUCAUUGCUGGUGACAACUUCGGAUGUGGCUCAUCACGCGAACAUGCGCCAUGGGCUCUGAAUGAUCAGGGAAUCCGCUGCAUCAUUGCUCCUAGCUUCGCGGACAUCUUCUUCAAUAAUUGCUUCAAGAACGGGAUGCUGCCCAUUGCCGUGACGAAGGAUGUGGUGGAAGAGCUCUGGACAUACUCGGAGGCACACAAAUUGCUGAGCGUGGACCUUCAGAGCCAGGAAAUCAGAAGAGAAGGCUGCGAGGCCAUCAAAUUUGAAGUGGACCCGUUUCGGAAGCAUUGCUUGCUGAACGGACUGGACGACAUAGGCUUGACGCUCCAAAAGAGUGAUCACAUCGACAGCUUUGAGGCGAGACGGAGCUCCAUGUUCCCUUGGUUGGAUGGCCCAAACUACAGCAGAUUAAAGGCGGAAGUUCGCAUUAGCACGACCAAGUCCGCGGCAUUCUACACACGCGUAUCCAAGGGAUUCCUGGCUGGUCUUGCAGCAAACGAUGAUCGGCCAGAGCGUCCUGCAGCUUCGCAGCUCAUUCUGACUGCCACUGGCAAUGCGAUCGAGCGGGCUGUUCGCGUGUCCCAAGACCUUAAGGUUGCCCAGCUCACGAAGGUGAUUUUCCAUCUGAACACGAGAAACGACGAGGCUGAUCAGCAUCUCGCGGCGGUGUCGCAGGCGUAUGAAACAGAAGUGGAGCAGAUUCUCAGAGAUGCCAACUCGAAGGUUCGCCGUUUGGCCGAGGCAGUUGAGUCAGGCCAUGGAAGCAAAGCCGCAAAAGAGCUGGAGGCUCUCAGAUCGAGCCAUGAGGAGGAGAAGCGUGAAGCGUUGAAAGAGAUUCAGAAUGUCAAGUCCGCAGCAUCUGCCAGGGAGAGCAAGAACACCGCCAUGUGGAAAGAACGGCUCAGCAACAUGAAUGCAGAGGUCCAAGCGGUCAAGCAACAAUGCCAAGUGCAGGCUUCACAGUUCAAAGCAGCUUUGGAUAGAGUCCAGGAUGGGCAAGGUGCCGAGCUUACCGAUCUUCGAUCGCGUCAUGAAGCGGAGCUACUCCGACUACGUGCUGAGCACGAGGCAGAAGUUCGCAGGAUGGCGGAAGCGUCCGAAGCCUCUGCAGCCCUGGAGGCAGAGCUGCAAAGGUGCAUCGACCAGCAAAAGGCCGACUUCACCAGGGAGCUUCAGGUCGAGCGCUCACGGUGCCAGGAGCUUCAGUCGCAGCUCGACAGCGCCAAGCGAAGCUUGGAGGACAGUCUAGCUUCCGGAGAUGAAGCUCUGAAGGCCGCGCUUUUGGAGAGGAGCCAACUCAGCGAGCGGCUGAAAGCCGCAGAAGAUGAGAUGGCCACUCUGCGGGAAGCCGUCAGUGCAGGCAACUUGGCCUUGCAGAGUCGAGACAAGGACAUUGAGCACUUGAAGGAAUCCGUGGUACAGUUUGAGGAGACUUGCAAAGUACUCAAGGAGGAAGGAGAUGUCCUCAAGAGAAACCUUGUGGAUUCGCAGGAGGAGCUUGCAAGACUCCAAAAAAAGCACCAGGAGCUGCUAGACAAAUCUCACCGAGAUCAAGGACGACUGGAGGCGAGUGCUGAAGCAGAGCGGCAGCGCUGGGAGGAGGAACUUAAGGCCGCAAAGGAGCGUGAAGCAUCGCUCAAGGCUGAACUUGCCUCCCGAAAAGCGGCCGAGGCGGAGUUGGGCCUCGAGUUGGCGAGGGAAAGGGAAGAGGUGUCGAAGGUGCAGGCUGAGUUGAAGAAGCGGGCGGAGGAGCUUGGACACCUUCAGAAGGCCCUCGCCGACGCAGAGGCUCGCCGGGAGGAGCUGGCACGUGAAGGUGGCUCCGAGGUCCAUCGGCUGCAGGCCGAGCUCGAAGAACAAAAGGCAUUGCUUCUGGAGUGGCAAAGCAAAUUCUCGGAGCGAGAAAAGGAUUUCAACAGCCAGCUGGAGAAGGCGCACGACGCCGCAAGCCGUGAGUUAGAAGCCACCAGAGAGGCGCACGCUGAGGCGGUGUAUGCUCUGGAGAGGACACACGAACGUGACCUCUCCGAGAUGCAGGAAGCCAGCGCGGCAGAAGUGGCAUCUCUUCGAGCUGAACUCGAAGCAGAGGCGGACCGCCUUCGCCGCGAGCUCCGUGAGUUGCAGGGAUCGGAUCAAAGCGGCCGGCGUCUGCUGGAGGCGAAGGAGGCGGAGCUGGCUGAAGUUCAGGGCAAGCUCAAGGACUUGGAGUCGAAGCUGGAAGAAGCUCGAAGCGAAGCCGAAGAGGAGCGCUGCCUGAAGCGUAUUCUAGAAGAGCAGGCUGCAGCCGCAAACUCCGAGUUACAAGCCCUUCAAGGUGAAGUCGAGAAAAAACAGGCUUUGCAUGUGGCAGAGAUAGAGCGUCUGCAAAGCGAGGCAAGAAAAGAAGCCGCCCUGCUGGCCGAGAAGCAGCAGAAAGAAUUGCAGAGCUUGCGCGAGGAAAUGAUGAAAGCUCUCGAAAGCCGCGGUCGCGAAGGGCUCGCAGAGGUCCACAGACUCCAAGACGAACUCAGGCGCCUUCAAGACGCACAUGAGUCUGAGACAAGGGGACUCAAGCAGAAAAUCGAAGAUCUUGAGGAGGCACUUAAGGCCACAACGCGAGAUGGGCAGGCAGAGGUGCAGCGGCUAAUUGCCUCGUCUCGCUUGGAGAUUGAGAAGGUCAAGACUGAAGGUGUGGAGAUGGUCCAGCGGCUAAAUGUCGAGCAUGAGGCCAAGCUGGAAGAGGUCUUCAAAGCACAGUCUGAAGCACUGGACCAGUUGCAGCAGAAGUUGGGAAAGUCCCAUCAGGAGAGGGUGGAUGAAAUGCGUCAGAAGCAUCUGCGAGAAACAGAAAACCUCAAGACUGCGCAUGCUUCCGAAGUGCGUGAAGCUGCAGCCACGCACGAUGCCGCUAUGAAGGAGGUUCGUGCUGAGAUGGCCAAAGCUGUGCAAGAGGUGGAAGCAUCUGCCAAAGUGGCAGCUGCAAGGCAUGCCGAAGCGAUGCAAGCCAUCAGCACAGAGUUGGCUGCUGAAAGGGAGCAGCUCACGACCAGUCGCACGCAGGUGACGAAGUUGAGCGGGGAAUUGCAAACUUCUAGAGCAGCAAUGAUGCAACUGGAGGAGCAGUUCCGGGCGACUGCAGUCAAACACGACGAGAUGAUGAAGCAUCAGCGCGAGGAGUUCGAGCGCGAGAAGCGUAACAUCAAGGAACAACACAAGAGAGGAGUCGAGCAGCUUCUAGAGGCCCACCUGAAGGAGACGGUCGAAUUGAAGCAGCAGUUUGACAGGGCCCGACAGCUGCAGGAGAUGCAAAUAGACAUGCUGCAAAAGAGGAUUGUGGAGUUGCAGGAGCUGUAUGAGUCGAGACCUUCCCGCGAAGAGGACUUGGAGCUUAUCGCCAAUCUGGAGAAGGAUUUGGAUGAGAAAUCUGCGCAGGUGAAGAAGCUCCUCGAUGACAUGCAGUUCUACAAGCUGGAGCUUGUGAACCGAGAGCAGAACUACAACAAGGUUUUCGGAGCGGCACCGACAGUCGGCAUCAUGAACCCCAUUGCGGCAAAGAAGCCCGCCAACGGUGGACAACCACAAAUGCGUGUUGUCCAGCAGCCUGGAUCAGGAAUGGCAGGAAUGAAUGUGGGCUUGCCUCCGCUGGGGAUGACUCCUGCCCCGACCCGAAGCAGCAGCAACAAGCCUAGCAACAUCCAGAAGAGGCCGUCGAGCGGGAGCAUGCGACGCGCAGGGUCCAUGGAGUAG